UCAGGAUAAGAUACUUGAAGAACUUGAUAAGGAACAUACCACUCAUGACUCAAUGUCAGAUUCCGAAGAAGAUGGAAUUCGCAUUGAUACAGAAAAAGCUCUUGCUGAGAAAGAAAAGGGCAAUACUUAUUUUAAACAAGGAAAGUAUGAUGCUGCAAUAGAAUGCUAUACAAAAGGAAUGAAUGCAGAUCCUUACAAUCCAGCUUUACCUACUAAUAGGGCAUCUGCCUUUUUUCGGCUGAAAAAGUUUUCUGUGGCUGAAUCUGAUUGCAGUUUAGCCCUUGCCUUAAACAAAAAUUACACAAAGGCUUAUAGCAGAAGAGGGGCAGCUCGCUUUGUCUUGCAAAAUUUUAAAGGUGCCAAAAAAGAUUAUGAAAAGGUUUUAGAAUUGGAUCCAAACAACUUUGCAGCGAAGAAUGAACUUAGGAAAAUUGAACAGGCUCUCUUGUCAAAAGAAAAUUGUCAGGCUGAAGAAACAGAUACUUUUAGGAAAGUGGAAAUUGCAGAAGAGGAACUGAAACAAUUGGAGGAGGAGCAGUUGAAGCAAAAGGCUAUGGCAGAAAAAGAUUUGGGUAAUAGGUAUUUCAAAGCAGAUAAAUAUGAAACAGCAAUAGAAUGCUACACACGUGGAAUAGCAGCAGAUGGCACCAAUGCACUUCUUCCAGCAAAUAGAGCCAUGGCCUAUUUAAAAGUUCAAAAGUGAGUUGUUUAGAUAUGCAUUUUUAUGUA